AAGCUGUUAUCUUCUAAGAUUGUGUACAAAAGAUAUCUUAUCUAAAAUUGAUAACACCGCGCAUGUGAAUAUUCCUAAAAAAACUUUUAUUGUUGACGUGAAAUUAAAUCUUUUAAGAACUAGGUAUUAUUCAAAAUUUAAAAUGCGUCUCAAACGUCACCAAAAGGCAGAACGUAAUAUUAAUUUUUAUUGCGUCAAUUUUGGUUUUAGAAAACCAUUUCAAAUACUGGUCGACGGUACAUUUUGCAUGGCUUCUGCACAAGUAUUAAAUAUAUAUAUAUAUUUAUAUCAAUAGUGUUAAUAAUUGUAAUAAUAUUUUCAAUAUUUAUUAUUAUGUUUUUUUUUUAAUACUUUCAGAACAGAGUUCAAUUACGUGAAGAUAUACCAAAAUAUUUAGGCGGCGAUGUGAAGUUGUUAACCACACAGUGUGUCGUACUUGAAACUGAAGCUUUAGGUGAGAUAUUUGUACAUGCAUGUUUAAGACUAAUAAUUAUAAAACCAAAUGUAAAUUAUGUUUUUACUUAUAGGGGCUGCUGUUCGACAAGCUAUGCACAUAGUAAAGAAUUUCGGUAUACAUAAGUGUGGACAUGAAAAAAAAUCAAUAUCUGGUGCAAAUUGCUUAAUGUCGAUGACUAAAGAUAAUAUGAGUACAAGGUAAUUAUUUACUACUACAGUAGGUCUGCAUUAAUUUUAUUUUUUUUAAAAAAUCUUUCUUGACAUCUAUUACAUACACAUUUUUACACAACAUUUUAAAAUUUAAUUUCUGUUACAGUUCUGAAAAUACCUAUCAAUUAAUUAUAUAUGUUUUUAAUUGAUCAAAUACUCAUACACAAAAUAUCAGUAAUUUUUUUGUUGCACAUUAUUUUUAUAAUUUUAAAUAAUUUAGAAAAUAUCUGUUAUCUAAAAAAUAUUAUUAAUAAUAAUUCCAUAUAUUUUUGUGUCUUUCCCUGUGAAUUGAAAACAUUUGAAGAAAAUUUGACUAAAAUUUAUAACUUAAAUAUCAUUAUCCUAAAAAUAAAAAUAAAAAAAAUAUGUUGACGGCUAUAAAUUAUACUAUUAUACUUGUGUUAUGGUAAAUUAUGUUUUAAAAAUUAAAUGCCAAUUUCACAGAUACAUUGUUGCCACUCAAGACAAGUCACUUCAAAAUGCUUUGUACAAUGUCCCUGCCGUUCCAAUAAUGUAUUUUAAUAAUUUAAAUGUUCUUUUAAAAGCACCUUCACCAAUUACUAUUGAGCACGCUAAUGAAAAAAGGCAAUCUAAGUAAGUAUAACUUCAUACAAUUAAUUGAUUUAAUUUUUAUUAAUCUGUGGAUUUUAAUUAUAACUAGAUUUAAUUUGACCGAACAUGAAACUAAUGUGUUGACAAAUAUGAAAAGUUCAAUAACAACAGAGUUAAUCAGCAGUGAUGAACAUAAAGAUUACCCUGGGAUAUUUCAAAGGGCUAAAGGACCAAAUCCACUUUCGUGUAAACCAAGAAAAAAGAAAAACAUUGAAGAUAAUAUACCAAAAGUUGAAAAGAAAACAAAACGUAAAAGAAAACGAGUAAAAGUACCAAAACAUGUUAAAGAAGAAUUAAAAAAACAAUUAACAAAUUUAUAAUUAAAGGGUUUA